CCGCCUGCUCCCCGCCACCUGGGCCGGGCGCUGUGCGCGGCGCUGCGCCGGGCUCUGCCCGGGAGGGCCGGCGGGGCGGCGGGCGGGGCCGUGGCCCGACCCUGCCACGGUGGAGCGGGCCCCGCAGCCCCUCCCGCCCGCCGCGGGGUCUCGCGGGGAGCGGGCGGCGGCCGGGCUGCCGCGGGUUGGGCUGCUCGUGUCCGUGUCGGUGCUGCCCGGCCUAGCGGCGCCGGUGCGGCUCGCCGGGUGCGCGGGUGCUUGCGGCCGCGCCGCUCUGCCCGGGCCGGGCCCCGGUAGCUGCCCCGGAGGAGGAGCCGGCGCUCCCGGCUGGAAGCCUUCCGGAGCCCGACGGGCUGGGGUUUGCGUCUGCGUCGCCCCCGGGGUGUGAGGGCGGGGUGGAGCCGCGCUGCCCGGGAGCUGCCGGCGCCGCAGCCUGCGCGGGGCAAACGCCGGUGCUAACGGGCCCGCAGGCUGCAGCCUGCCUGCUGACAGACCAAAACGAACGAACGUCGUGAAUUUGCCUUUUAAAAUUGAAGGCGUAUUUGAACUCGUUUGUAGUGUCAUUUUAAAAACGUUAGAAAGUAUUGUUUUAUACUUCUGUUUGUUAAUAAACCUUUAUUAACAGUUACAGUCUCAGAGAAAUUCUGGUGCUGUGAAGUUUCGCACUGAACAAUCUCCUAACAAGAUCUCAUUAAAAAAAUCUUCUCAGACGAGAAUUGAUCUUACUGCUGCAGUUGCUAUGGGAGCAACAUAACACUUGCUCAGAGGUGGAAGUGAUAAGCCAGGAGUUUUUUUACUAAAUUUGCAAACGGCGUUAUCUAGCAGAAGGAGCUCCUGGUCAGGAAACGUGAAAUGUUUCCACCGUUGCUGUGCUCUGUCUGGGUUUGAAGAUGUUGAUAGAUUUGGAGUUACCAAAAGUGCUGCUCGAACAGGCAGAACUGUACGUUUAGAAGCUUGACUUCAGCUUCCUGGUUGUGAACAGGUUGAACUUCUAUGUUAAUAGCAAGUGGAAAGCUUUCUUUGAUACACCAAGUGCAAGUAGCUUUUAAUUAUUAACUCUGGAAUAGGUGUUCUUUUUCUUCUGAAGCAAUUGUCUAUGAUAAAGAGUACAGCUUUCACCUUUUGUAUCUAAGUAUGUAAUUAACCUUAAUACAAAUAGCCCUUGUGACAAUGGGUGUAACUCUUUGGGCGAAGGUACGUUACUGGUCAUGCAUGCAAAGGUACUUCACUGAUCAAGGCCUAAACUUCCAGGGGUUUUUGCUUGUUUGUUUGGGUUGUUUGUCUGUUUUUAGUGCCCACGGCGGUUUCAGGUAGUUCAACAAGACGCUGCCAGCAUUAGUAUUUUAAAAUGCCAGCUGUGUGUAUUCUUAAAGGUUACAAUCCUGCAGAUACUUGACCUGGCUGAAAUCAGGCUGUGGGUCUAUAAACUAAAUCAUCCUUGCAGCCUGUCCACAUGCAGUGGUACCCCGUACUCCAGGCUCCCUGGGGUGCGCGGGCCUGGCCUCCGCUCCUAGAGCUGCCUCUUCUGCCGCCCGUGGCCACUGCCACCGGCGGUGUGAUCAGCCUCGGGUGGUUGGUGCGUGCCAGGACUAAAGGCAGUCCUUGUCCUUCAGCCCUCUGCUGUAGGGAUUGCGCUUACAAAUCGUGCAUCUGCACCUCUGACAGGCUUUGUUUGAAAAACGAAAUGAAAAAACAACACCCAAGCCCUCUUAGUGGUUAAUGCCACACUGAGUGCAAAAUUAAUACAAGACCUGAUCAUCCCUUCUUCUCUUUUAAAUUUCUGGUAACUCAGAAGUGGGGCACAAAAAAUACAUCUCUUUGUCUGAACAGUGCCAGAAUGAUUUGCUGGAGAACCAGAAAACAACUUAUUAUCUCGUUUCUUAUCACUAAUACAGGCUAGUCUAGGGAGCUGACUUAGUCCCAGGACACAUAGAGGCAAGGUCUACAUCUCAGUUUCAGGCCACGUGUCAGCAGCUUCUGAUUGCCGUUAGAUGAUUACGGUAACCUUUGGUAUGAUUGUGUAGCAGAUCAUAGCUGCCCUUCCUGGAAGAAAGUGCAAGAAUAUCUUUAGCUGUAGCAGCUGGUCUGUACUUCCUUGUACAUCUGUGAUGGGACUAGCAAGGCUGAAUAUUCCAUACUCAAAGCUAGAACUGUCUUUACCUUUUUUCUGUAUGUGCCAGAGCGAUGUUAAUGCUUUUAUCUCUCUUGGACAAUACAGCCAGCAGCAUUAACUUGAUUAUCUUGCUGUGAUUAGUGAAAGGUGAGACCCAUAACACUCAGCAGAUGGGGACUGGUGUGAAUGUGUGACGUCUAGGAGCAGUUAGCUCAGGAAGCAAUGAGAAUGAUUCAGAACCAUCAGCAUCAUGUACUGUCAGUGCCUCUCAUAGCUCUAGGUUUGAAGACCAGAAGUAACGGUGUGGUGGUGGUGUGGGCUGGGCACUGUACAGGAACCUUGCUGGUACCGUUCCUGUAAGGGAAGUUGCCGCCCUCCUGGCAUACAAACUGUGAUAGCCCACACAGAGUGUCAGCUGUCGGUGUGAGCUGAUUCAAGUGUGGUGGCAAAACCUCUUGUUUGUUAUUAGCCUUUGAUACCAGAAUAGAGCUCAACUUGCCUAUUUCCCUUUGAGGGCAACAGUCUGUCUGAGUUUAGAUGCCAUAGUUAUGCCUGUAGCUAAAAGUUGUGUUUCAUCAAGUGUCUGUAGUCUCUCUUGGUAUAAAUGUAGUGAGAUAAGGGAUCUACUUUAAAAGGAAACUUGGAGGAGGUUUUGGUUAUCCCCUCUCCCUUUCCCCACACCAGAAACAACCUGAGAUCGUGAGGCUUUCCCUGUUAACAUCGAGGGAAUGCCUGAUGCAUUGGUGGCCGUUGGCUCCAGUGAGGCUCUGGGUUUUUACCUGGUUCGAGUAUGGCGUGUCAUGGCCUGUAGAAAUAGCUACAGAGCAAGGCAGAGGCUUUUUCCUGGGACAGGAGCAGGAAUGUAGAGAACCCGUUGCUUUCUUAGUUCUUAGGGCAAAGGUUUUCCUGCUGCUUGAUCUGUUUUUUCCAAGAGGGAGGGGAGAGUAAGGGAUUGGAGAAAAAAACCCUCCUCCUCUUCUUGCAUGGUUUAUUUCAUUAAAUCAUCAGCCAUCAAGCGGAUAGUGUACUUGCUAAGGUUUUGUUCUGUGCUGAGGCAGCAGGGUGCAGGAAUGAAAAUGGUUCCUGAGCAUGUUGGGAAUCCUACUCUUGUCCUCGCGUGGAAAUAGCAGCAGCACACAGUAAAAUGCCUGUGUAGCCUGGUCUGCCAGCGCUGUUGCUCCCACCAGCAGAGAGCACCGAUGGUGAAUUACAGCUUUAACUCGCUGAUCGGGGCGCUUUUCUGUGCUGGGUGUGCACUGUGCCUCAAGGUUUGUGUGGGAGCAGACAGCCUUGGGCUUGGUGCACAAGUGGAAGACCGACGUGAGCUGGGAGUCAGGUGGAGGAGAUCGUCCUUGGUGCGGUCGUCUUGAGCUGAAAGGAUGAAAAUUGGCGAUUGGAAAGUCACCGUCACUGUCCUAAGCUUCAUCCUAACCUCUGGAGUCUCAGUUGAUGUCUUUGGGUGUAUGAGCCUGCGGGAGUGUCUGCCGUCCCCUUCCAUGAUUUAGACAGCGGCUUGGAACAUGCAUCACUAGCGGGAUGGUUGGCCACCGAAGUUGCAAUGUCGUCCCUGACGACCUCCAGUGAGGGAGAAAACUGCGCUCCCAGGUUUGUUGUUGGUUCCAGGGAUGAUGAGACAGAUUUUCUGGAAUCAAACAUGAAGACAGACGAAACUGAUUUCUUUGAAGAUGAUGAAGAGGAGGAGUCGCCACCUGAACGGCAGAUUGUGGUUGGAAUCUGUGCCAUGACCAAAAAGUCCAAGUCAAAGCCCAUGACACAGAUUCUGGAGCGUCUGUGCAAGUUUGAGUAUAUCACAGUGGUGAUUAUGGGGGAAGAUGUUAUUCUGAAUGAACCGGUGGAGAACUGGCCCUCUUGUGACUGCCUAAUAUCGUUCCACUCCAAAGGAUUCCCCCUGGAUAAAGCGGUUGCUUAUGCCAAGCUGUGCAAGCCAUUUCUGAUUAAUGACCUUGAUAUGCAGUAUUAUAUCCAGGACAGGCGUGAAGUGUAUCGAAUCCUUCAAGAAGAGGGAAUAGACUUGCCCCGCUAUGCUGUGCUCAAUCGAGACCCUGAUAGACCAGAAGAAUGCAACUUGGUGGAAGGAGAGGACCACGUGGAGGUAAAUGGAGCUGUUUUCCCAAAGCCGUUUGUAGAGAAGCCAGUCAGCGCUGAAGACCAUAAUGUGUAUAUUUACUACCCGACGUCAGCAGGUGGGGGCAGCCAGCGGCUCUUUCGGAAGAUUGGCAGCAGGAGUAGCGUGUACUCCCCAGAGAGCAGCGUAAGGAAGACAGGCUCAUACAUUUAUGAGGAGUUCAUGCCUACAGAUGGCACUGAUGUAAAGGUGUACACUGUUGGGCCAGACUAUGCCCAUGCAGAGGCUCGCAAAUCCCCUGCUUUGGAUGGGAAGGUUGAACGGGACAGCGAAGGGAAAGAGAUCCGUUACCCAGUCAUGCUGACUGCCAUGGAGAAACUAGUUGCCCGGAAAGUCUGUGUAGCCUUUAAGCAAACAGUGUGUGGGUUCGACCUCCUGCGGGCAAACGGCCACUCUUUUGUUUGCGAUGUGAAUGGCUUCAGUUUUGUGAAGAACUCUAUGAAGUAUUACGAUGACUGUGCCAAAAUCCUUGGAAAUAUAAUCAUGCGGGAAUUGGCUCCCCAGUUCCAUAUUCCCUGGUCCAUCCCAACAGAGGCAGAAGACAUUCCCAUUGUCCCCACAACUUCAGGCACCAUGAUGGAGCUUCGUUGUGUUAUUGCAGUCAUCCGGCAUGGAGAUCGCACCCCAAAGCAGAAGAUGAAGAUGGAAGUUAAGCAUCCUCGGUUCUUUGAAUUAUUUGAGAAAUACGAUGGCUACAAGACAGGGAAGUUGAAGCUGAAGAAACCAGAGCAGCUACAGGAAGUGCUGGACAUUGCACGGCAGCUUGUGGUGGACCUGGGAACCCACAGUGAUUGUGAGAUUGAGGAGAGGAAAUCCAAACUGGAACAGCUGAAGAGCGUCUUGGAGAUGUAUGGACAUUUUUCUGGCAUUAACCGUAAGGUGCAGUUGACCUAUCUGCCUCAUGGACAUCCAAAAGCUGCAAGUGAAGAUGAAGAAGCUCGCCGAGAGUCUUCCCCAUCCCUUCUCCUGGUUCUUAAGUGGGGUGGAGAGCUGACACCAGCAGGAAGAGUCCAGGCAGAAGAGCUGGGGCGAGCCUUUCGCUGUAUGUACCCCGGUGGCCAAGGUGAUUAUGCUGGUUUCCCUGGAUGUGGCUUGCUCAGGCUGCACAGCACCUACCGUCAUGAUCUCAAGAUCUAUGCCUCAGAUGAGGGACGAGUUCAGAUGACAGCAGCAGCUUUUGCAAAGGGUCUGCUAGCCCUGGAAGGAGAGCUGACCCCCAUCCUGGUGCAAAUGGUGAAAAGUGCCAAUAUGAAUGGUCUCCUGGACAGUGACAGUGAUUCCCUUAGCAGCUGUCAACACAGAGUGAAGGCACGACUGCAUGAAAUCAUGCAGAAGGAUGCUGAGUUCUGUGAAGAGGAUUAUGAAAAGCUAGCACCUACAGGCAGUGCUUCUCUGCUCAACUCCAUGAUGUUUAUCCAGAACCCAGUAGAAGUAUGUAACCAGGUGUUCACCCUGAUUGAGAAUCUCACCUCCCAGAUACAAAAACGCCUGGAAGAUCCAAAAUCUGCAGACCUGCAGCUGUACCACAGUGAGACUUUAGAACUAAUGUUGCAACGCUGGAGUAAGCUGGAGCGAGAUUUCCGCAUGAAGAAUGGGCGUUACGACAUCAGCAAGAUCCCUGAUAUCUAUGACUGCAUCAAGUAUGAUGUACAGCACAACUGUGCGCUGAAACUGGAAGGCACAGCUGAACUCUUCAAGCUCUCCAAAGCCCUAGCAGAUGUGAUCAUACCCCAGGAAUAUGGGAUUAAUAAGGAGGAGAAACUGGAGAUUGCUAUUGGCUUUUGUCUUCCUCUCAUUAAGAAGAUCCAGUUGGACCUACAGAGAACCCAUGAAGAUGAGUCCGUCAACAAACUACAUCCCUUGUACUCAAGAGGAGUUCUGUCACCAGGUCGCCACGUUCGGACACGGCUGUACUUCACCAGUGAGAGCCAUGUGCACUCUCUGCUCAGUAUCUUCCGCUAUGGGGGGCUCCUGGAUGAAAACAAAGACCAGCAGUGGAAGAGAGCCAUGGACUAUUUGAGUGCUAUCUCAGAGCUGAACUACAUGACCCAGAUUGUUAUCAUGCUCUACGAGGACAACAACAAGGACCCAUCUUCGGAAGAACGUUUCCAUGUGGAGCUGCAUUUCAGCCCCGGCGUGAAAGGCUGUGAGGAAGACAGAAACGUGCCCACGGGGUUUGGCUUUCGGCCUGCCUCCGCGGAGAAUGAGGACAAAAAAGCAGACCAAGGCAGCCUGGAGGACCUCUCCAAAGAGAAGGGCAUCGAUGAACCAGAUCAUGCACAGCAAAGGUCUCCGCAGCCUUCCGAGCCGGUCAGCAUUCAGCGAAGAUCCCCACUGAUCAGGAACCGGAAGACAGGGUCCAUGGAGGUGCUAUCUGAAUCUUCUUCCAAAUCAGGAGGUUAUCGCCUCUUCAGCACUUAUUCCAGGCAGUCUUCUGAGAUGAAGCAAAGUGGCUUAGGGUCACAAUGCACCGGCCUGUUUAGCACCACUGUGCUGGGAGGCUCCUCCAGUGCCCCCAACCUCCAGGACUACGCACGCAGCCAUGGCAAAAAGUUUGCCAGCAGCCUGACAUGCAAAGACGAGCUCUUGUCUAUGCCAGCCGUAAAACGAUUUUCUGUGUCGUUUGCAAAGCAUCCGACUAAUGAUGCGUUUGAGCACCACCACGUUGCCCAGUUGCUGCGCCGCUUUUCCUCUGACUAUGCCACGAGCCGGAACAUCUCCCUGGAUGCCGCUCUAGCCCAUCACCUCCAGCAGUGCUCCUACCACCUGCGCCUCUUCAGGAGCUGGCUGAUCUCAGGGCGGGAUGACUUGGAGUGUCUUUACGGUUUUGAAGGCUGUUCCAUGGUUCCCACCAUUUAUCCCCUGGAGACCCUGCACAACUCCCUCUCUUUGCGACAGGUCAACGAGUUCCUGACAGCUGUGUGCAGGAGUUGCAGCGAAUCGAAUGUCCAGUCUACCGCAGCUUUGUUUGAUUCUAUGAUUGGCAGCCAGAUACCAGGAGACCCCUUUAUGUCCCAGCGAAUCCUGUCAUCAUCCUCUUUGCCAUUGCGCCAGCGUUCGGAUAAGCCCCCUUGGUAUAGCAGUGGUCCCUCCAGUACUGUCUCCAGUGCAGGCCCAUCCUCCCCAACCUCUGUGGACAACUGCGCUCGUUUCAGCUUCACUGAGAAACUUUCCAUCAGUCCCCCAAAAAGUGAGGAGCAGCUGACUAGCCAGUCCCCUGAGCAAGGAGAGAGGCAGCCUCCAGGCAGAAGGCUUGACGUGGAGGUGGGGAUGUCUGGGUUGUCGGUGGUGGAGCCAAGUGUCCCAGAGACCCUGACCUGGACUAAGGGCCCAGAGCCAGGCAGGGUCCUGGAGCUGUGCAAGAAGGAGCUGGCAGAGGAGGACUCUAACCCAGAGGAGAAGAGCAUGGUGGAGCUGGAUGAAGAAGAAUCAGCUGGGGAAAUGUUAGAGCCAAGUAACACAGGGAACCCAAAGUGUGGUGCAGGGUCUGAUAGAGGGCUGGCUGGGGAGAAGGUGAAGCCAGGUGAGGGGGAAUGUAUUGACCUGGAUCAGCCAGGGCUGUCCAAGGAGAUUUUGGUGCCCUGUGAAGGGGAGCUGCUGGGAGAGGUGUUGGACCCAGAGCAUAGGGGCAAGGAGCUGCUGGGGGACAGUGCUCUGUCAGGCCAGCUUCUGCCUGGUCACCCAUGCCAGGUGCAGCCUCUGCCACUGAAGAAAAGCGUGGAGGAGCUGCAGCCGCUGUCUCGGGAGGAUCAGCAGAAUUAGCAGCUCACUGGACAGCACACUGCAAGCGCUUCUAGCCUGGAGGCAGCCCAGCUUCCUGCACAGCACCUCAUGCAGCUGGCUGUCCACAGCACAGAACAAGCCAUGUCCCAAGGCCACAGGACUCUGGGGUGUGGAAGAGUCUUCUCUGCUCCUCCACAAGCCAGCUCUUUGCCAUUUGGCAAGAGGCAAUGCCCCCUCUGCCUUGUUAAAUGAACAACAAAUGCAGUCUUGGUACUGGCAUGGCACCUCCAUGGAGCAGGGACAUGGGGCUGCACUGGUGUCCCAAGGGCUGUAUGGUUGCUGGGACAGCAGAGUUAGAGGACUGGUACAGCCAAGGCUUUUGGGGUGGUAAGUCCAAAGGGGACAGAUGCUCCUUUGAGAUUUUUUGGCCCAUAGCCUUCAGGGAAAGGCAUUCUGGGCCCAAAGUAAGCAGAUCCAUCACAACCACCAACCUCCUCUCUGUUCCUUCCUUCUUCCUCUCUCAAUUCCCACCACUGGCCACCAAAAACAGGUCCAGGGAGUCCAUGGCAGGAAGACUAGGAGAAGCAGAAAGCAUUCUGGAGGAGUGUGGGAAGGAAAGUAGUGAGGGGAUCAGGUUCAAGACUGCCACUUGCAAGAAAACGUCUCUUUGGCAUGGACUUGAAUGUUUUCCUGCAGGGCUGGGGCAGGCAGGCAGGAGUCUGGGAUCCAGCCUGAGAGAGGUGGGCAGGGAGGACACACACGGGUUUUUUUUUCUAGUCCCCAAGAGUCAGGCAAGGUACAGCUCUGAAGUCUUGGUGACAGAAAUGAAAAGAAACUGCUAUUUGAACAAAUCAGGAUUAUUAGAAGCCAAUAAGGAGAAAUCUUUAUUAUAUAUAAAAUGAAAAUUAUUUAAUACCUAUUUAUGUAAAUGACUUGUGAGCACAAGCCUGAGGGCAAGACUGACACGGGUGUCCCUGCCGCAUCCUGAGUGCAGGCCAGGGCUGUGCCUCCUGCGCCUCCUGUAUUUAUGGACAAGUCUGCGUGUUUGUCUGUAGCUAGGAUCUGUGUUUUUGUGAAGCUGUGCCCAAAGAUCUCUGCGCUGUGUUGUGAAGAUGUGUGUUCACAGUAAAUCUAUGCUGUGGGUCUGGUGUCUCUCUGUUUCUGAUGCUGACUUGCACAGCAGCGUGUGUGUGCUAGAGCUUGCAGGUGCCGGGGACAGCAAGCCCUGCUCGUUCUCCACCAUCCUGGAAGAGGAACUGUGGCUGAAGUCACAACUGAAGUGAGUGCACAGGCAUUGGGCUUUGCUCAAGGAGGCCAGAUACCUCUUCUUUUCUCCACAGAAGAAAUGAUCACACUGGGGAAGAGGUCCUGCCUUCCCAGGUCCCAGGGCAGUUUGUGGUAGAACGAAGAUGCUGGGGCAGCGCGUUGGGCUCCUUUCACUUGGUCCACACCUUCUC